AAGAUGAUGCAGUAAAAAAAAAACAAAAACACGAAACUUUGAAGUUUUUCAUGCAUUUUGUAUUUUUUGAAAAGAGAAUAUUAACUUGAUUUGAUUUGAGUUUUCUCUUUUAUAAUGACAAUUAAAGACGUUAAGCACAUCAUUCUGAUACUUUCUGGUAAAGGAGGUGUCGGAAAAUCAACCGUAAGUGUACAGUUAUCACUUUCAUUGAAAGAAAAAGGAUUCAAGGUCGGUUUAUUAGAUAUUGACUUAUGCGGACCUUCAAUACCUCAUCUAUUGAAUUUGGAAGAUAAAGAUAUUCAUCAAAGUUCUGAGGGAUGGAUACCUGUGUAUACCGAUCAAGAUCAAAACCUGGCUGUCAUGUCUAUUGGAUUUUUAUUAAAAAGCAGAAACGAUAGUGUUGCAUGGAGAGGACCAAAGAAAACUGCAACAAUCAACCAAUUUCUCACCGACGUAAAUUGGCAGAAUUUGGAUUAUUUAAUCAUUGAUACUCCUCCGGGAACAUCAGAUGAACAUAUUACAGUUAUCGAAAAGAUGAGAGAACUGAAUUGUGAUGGAGCCAUAUUGGUGACUACUCCUCAGGAGGUGGCGAUUGAAGAUGUCCGAAAAGAAUAUACAUUAUGUAAAAAAACUGGCAUACCUGUGAUAGGAAUUAUUGAAAACAUGAGCGGUUACGUGUGCAAUAAUUGUCAUGAAUGUACAAACAUAUUCUCAAGUGAAGGCGGAAAACUUUUCGCAGAAUUUGUAUCUGUUCCGUUUUUGGGAAGAAUACCUAUCGAUUUAAGACUAGGAAAUAGAACCAAUUCAAUACGGAGUAUUUCAGCUGAAUUUCCUGAUUCACAAUCUGCAAAAACUUUUCAAAAUAUCAUUGAAAUAAUCACCAAGGUGUAAUUUCUAUCGCUCUUUUUAUUAUAUUGUUGAAAUGUACUGUUUUAUAUUCGAUCCAUUCCAAUUAAAUGGUUUGUUGACGUU